CAUACCACCAUUCCAUAAUUUCUACUAUCUGAACGUGUUUUCAUAUCACCAAGUUCGUAAGUUAGUGCGGGUCAGCUGAUAGUUGGAGAACGUUGAAUUUAAUUUUUGAAACAAAGUGAUUUAGAUAAGAAAAAUUUGUCUGUUAUAAUACUCAAGAUAAGUGUAUUUCGUAAUUUUGAGUCUAAUUAGAUUUAGUAUUGGCACCGUAAACAAUUACAUGUCAGCAUGUCAGAUAUCCCUAAAGUAUUAGUUAGUCAUCCGAGGUAUCCUGACGCAGGUGUGAGGCUUUUAAAGUCAAAAUUUGAAGUAAUAAUUUGUGAAGGAAUCGAACGAGAGGAAAUUAUACGCAAAUGUGUUGGUGUCGAUGGAAUACUAUGGGCUAACUGUGAACGAUUAGACGCUGAAAUUUUGGACAGUGCUGGUCCCCAGUUAAAAGCAAUUGUAACUGGUACGGCUGGAUUUGACUAUGUUGACUUGACUGAAAUAGAAAAACGAGGCAUACGAUUCGGAUAUACACCGAAUGUACCAAAUAAUGCUGUCGCCGAUCUUGCCAUAGGUUUGAUGAUAGCUGCCGCACGACGAUUCACAGAAGGAUAUCGUCAAAUAGUUGACGAAAGCUGGCAACUGAAUGACCCGUCGUGGAUGCUUGGACAAGAUAUUACGAAUUCAACUGUCGGGAUAGUAGGAUUCGGUAGAAUUGGACAAGUUAUCGCCAGAAGAUUGACGGGAUUUGAUGUUGCUAAAAUAAUUUAUUCAGGCAAUAGCGAGAAAUCGGAAGGUCGAAAGCUCGGAGCUACUUUCGUACCUUUCGAAAAUUUAUUGGUGGAAAGUGAUUUCAUUUUUAUAGCUUGUCCACUAACAAACCAAACCAAAAACUUAUUCGACAAAGAUGUCUUUACCAAAAUGAAACCAACUAGCGUAUUAAUAAACAUUGCUCGAGGAGGUAUCAUUAAGCAAGCAGAUCUAAUAGACGCAUUGCAAUCACGAAGUAUUUUUGCGGCUGGGUUAGAUGUAAUGGACCCGGAACCACUUACAAAGGAUCAUCCACUUACAAAACUAUCGAAUUGUGUCUUGACACCACACUUGGGAUCGGCAGCAACUCAGACCAGAGAAAACGUAUCCAUAAAAUCGGCACAAAAUCUUAUAAAUGGCAUUGAAGACAUACCAAUGAUUUAUUCGCUUCAAUAGAUUCCUGCAAGUAGCCAAACGAUAGAUUCGAUAUUUUGAUAAGUGAUAGAAAGUGGAAUUGUUUAGGACUAGGCUUAAACUUGUCUCACUAGGUUUCUCCUCUUUUUAUCACUUAGUACAAAAUCAGGCCGGACAAGCUCAAAAAAGCCCUUCAGGAUUUGUAUAAAAAAAAUCUGUAGAAAACCCUUCAUUGCCCUGUGGGGACUGUGGAGUCUGAAAAAUACAUUUUUAAUACAAUAGUAAAUUAAGUGAACUCAGAUGCAGAACGAAUAAAUUUACCUCGAUAUUGUUCCACCCUAA